AUGUCUCCCCAGCCGUCUUUCCCCCCUUACGAGGUCUCCCUAGUAUCCAUCAAAUCCCCUAAUCACACUAUCACCUCCAACCUCACCGAUACCGAGCCGUCCUACCACUCUCAAAACCCCAACGUACUACACCUCACCAACGACGGCGAGUCAAGCUUCAUCGGGCUCAAUUACCUCCAAAAGCUGCACGCCGACCAAUUCGGUCCCGACAAAGCCCUACCGGAAAUAGACGCCAGCACAGAGGUGCAGCUCCUCUCCCGAUUCGCCAACACCGACGAGGCCCAAGUCACGACCCAUCGAGUCUUGCAUGACUGGGAGACGCCGGUACAGCAAUGCUGGAUGAGGAUGAACUCGGGACACAAGUCGAACAAGAGGUCGGGUCAGAAGAAGCCUCGCAAGCAACAACAGGUUGCGCAGCGGAGACGACGUGCGGAGGCCCUCAGGCAAUGCAAUGCCAUGUAG